GUAUGUAAUUCCAGCUGAUGGAACGUUUGGCUCGAAGCAGAGAGAUGGGUCCUGGUCUGGCAUGGUGGGUAUGGUGAGUAGAGAGGAAGCAGACUUUGCCAUUGGACCGUUUGGUGUUACUGAGAGCCGCAAUGAGGUAGUGGACUUUACCUGGCCAAUUGCCAUAGAGUACGCGAGGAUCAUGGGUGCUCGAGGGCGUCCGGAAGUGAACCCUUGGGCUUUCGUGUUGCCCUUGGAGCUCCCGGUGUGGGUGGCCAUCCUGACAGCGCUUCUGGUGCUGCCCGUCGUCAUGGUGGUCCUGGCCACAUGCUGCUCACCCACGGCUGCUAAACACUACACCUGGGGGAAGAACACCUUUGACCUCUCUCGAAUAUUAUUGCAGCAAGAUUACAGAGCUUCAUCCAUCACGGGGUGGAGGCGGCUGGUGCUGGUAGCAUGGAUGACGGUGGGUCUGGUGUUGAGCAGAAGCUACCAGGGAGACCUCAUGUCCGGCCUGGCCGUCAGGUACAUCCGGCAGCCCUUCCAGACCAUACAAGACGUCCUCGACCAUCCUUCCGUAACAAUGUUGUGGCAGACAAACUCCACCAACGUUCAGUACUUUCGU